CACGCUCUUCCAGCAAGAUUUGACGCUCUUUUGAUCCUUUUCCUUGUUUUGAAAAGAUGCACAACACUUCUGUGAUGGUUUUGUAGUUCGAUGGGAGUGUCGGGAUGGAGAGUUCGGUCGAGGAUUUUGGCCCUACGGUGGCCGAGAUGGUUGUCUCGGUAGCAACUGCUGUCACAGCCAUUACUGUACCUUCUCUACAACUCAACAAUAGUUUCGUCUUUGAGAUUAGACCUGCUCUCUUUCAACACUCGGAUAUGUGCGAGCACAAACCUACUUGCCAGCAUUGUAGAGAUACCUUCUCUUCAAGAGAUCACCUUUAUAGCCAUCUACCACACUCAGCUUAUAGAAAGACUCCAAAGCGCGCGUACACAGCUUUCACCACCACCCAUUGCAUCUACACCACCAAGCACCUGGUUAUACUGCGAUAGAAAUUCCACUGAAGACUCGAGUCCUAGCUGGGGAUUCUGGACAAGGUAGGUAUACAAGACGAGGCGGAAGUGGGAGGAUGUUCGCCCACCUUUCAAGUUCAGUGUGGUAAGAUU